AUGGAUAGUGAUAAUAUUUCAACAAGCGGAUUGGAUAACGCUGGGAAAACAACAAUAUUAAAAAAUUUGGCAUCGGAAGAUAUAGCCCACAUUACUCCAACACAGGGAUUCAAUAUUAAAAGUGUUGUGUCAGAUGAAAUUAAGUUAAAUGUUUGGGAUAUUGGUGGACAACGAAAAAUUCGUCCUUACUGGAAAAACUAUUUUGAAAAUACCGACAUUUAUGUGAUUGACAGCAGCGACCGAAAACGAUUUGAUGAAACUGGUAUGGAACUGAUGGAGUUGAUUGACGAAGAAAAACUUAAAAAUGUCCCAUUGUUAAUCUUUGCAAACAAACAAGAUCUUGUGACUGCGGCCAGAGCUAGCGAAAUUGCCGAAGGUCUUCAAUUGCUUGCGAUUCGAGACAGAUCAUGGCAAAUUCAACCUUGUUCAGCCGUUACUGGCGAAGGAAUCAAGGUUUUUCUCUAUUACUAA